UCUGCGGGAUGGUGGCCAUCUCCUGGUACGCCUUCAACAUCACCCGGGACUUCUUCGACCCCUUGUAUCCCGGAACCAAGUACGAGCUGGGUCCCGCCCUCUACCUGGGCUGGAGCGCCUCCCUGCUGUCCAUCCUGGGCGGCAUCUGCCUCUGCUCCAACUGCUGCUGCCGCCCUGACGAGGACCCCGCCGCCGGCGCCCGGCUCCCCUACAAGGCUUCCGCAUCCGUGAUGCCCCUGGCCCCCUCGAAUGAAGGCGACAACAGCUUUGGCAAAUACGGCAAAAACGCCUAUGUAUAGGGACUCUGGCUUGUGGACCCCAUCCGCCUUCCCACUGCCCGGAGCAGAGAGGGGUGGACCCC